AUGAAUCCUCACAAUCCCCACCAACCGCAAUUUUCAACAGUACCUUAUGGUACCACUCCACCGGGAGGCGCGGCUCAUAACCCAUCUCUGCGCGUUUUCAACAAUCCAUACUCGGCUGGAAACUCGCCUACUCACGCAACCUUCCAACAGGCCGCAGCUUAUCUAGACGGGAACUACGACGAUGAUGGUGACGGACAGGACGACCGCGGCAAUGACCACGACCACGAUAAUGAUCAGGGCCAGGGCGACCCAAAGCGCCGUCGCAUAGCACGAGCUUGCGACAUGUGUCGAAAGAAGAAGAUCAAGUGUGACGGCAAGAUGCCAAAGUGCUCGCAUUGCCAAAACUACAAGACUGAGUGCAUCUUCACUCAGGUGGAAAAGAAGCGUCAACCCCCCAAAGGCGCCAAGUACAUUGAGGGAUUAGAGAACAGACUUGCUCGUAUGGAAGGGUUGCUCAAGAUGUCAGGACUGCUAGGCGAGGAUGACGGCGGCAAGACAGAUCUAGGGACGCUGGAGAAGCGUUUGGCAGAUAGACAAGCUGCCGGCUCAUCGUUUGCAUCGCCAAUCUCACCACAUGUCGCCGGAGACGGUUCAACUUCUGCUCAUCCGACUCCGCCUACUGGACUCACCAGUCCUCAAUCGGGCGGUCCUCUUCAGGACGGCCAAGCUCAAUCAUCAGAGGACAAGGCCGCUGAAGGAUUGGCCGAUCAAAUGUGCUCGCUGGUCACGAACAAUGCUGGUGAAACACGUUAUAUUGGCUCUUCGUCUGGAUUUUCAAUCUUCUCGCCCAAGGGUAUCCAGUGGGUAAACGAAAAGACUGGCGAUUCCUCGUUCCGCGACAUGAUAUCGCAAGCAGCGACCGACGACCGAGCAUGGGCUGUCUGGAAGCCAGAAAUCUUUGACGACAUUUUCUCCCGCAAAAUUUACAAGCCUUUACCUCCCAAACCCGAAGCUCUUGCUUUACUACGAGACUUUUUCGAAAAUUUCAACUGUGUGUUUCCCCUGUUUCAUGAACCCACCUUCAUGCAUUUGGUCGACAAACACUAUUCGCUUGAUCCAUAUGAAGGAUCAGGAUGGUGGGCUAGCUUGAACGUAGCACUCGCAAUCUCUCACAGGCUUCGUAUCAUGGGUGAGGAUGAUGCGCGGAAAGAGGACGCAAAGGCUUGGGGUUAUCUGAAGAAUGCCCUGGCUGUUUUUUCCGAAUUGACCAUGAGGAACAAUGACUUGCUGAGUGUUCAAGCUCUAUUGGGUAUGGCCCUUUUCAUGCAAGGCACGCCAAAUCCACAACCGGGAUUCUUCCUUGUCGCUGCAGCCCUCAGACUGGCACACAGCAUUGGCCUUCACAAGCGCGGAUCUGAUUUCAAUCUCAACGAAGUCGAGUCUGAGCAACGGAAACGCGUAUUCUGGAUAGGAUAUCUGAUGGAUAAAGACAUAGGCCUACGAUCAGGAAGACCCCCCAUCCAGGAUGACGACGACAUGAACGUUGAACUUCCCAGUGAGAAUCCACCGGACAACAUUGGCGUCGUGUCAAUUGAGAACGGCAAGAGCAAGGUCAAUCUCUUCCGCAUCCAAUGCGUUUUCGCCAUGAUCCAGUCGAAGGUCUACAAACUACUUUACUCGGUCAAGGCCGCUCGUCAAACUGAUGGCGAGUUGUUGAAUACCAUUGGAGACUUGGAUCAAGAACUUGAAGAGUGGAAAGAUUCUAUCCCUAUCGAGUUUCGUCCUGAGCAUGAAAUUAAAAUGGUUGGCCAAUCACCACUAGUUUUGCACAUUGUCGUUAUGCAUUUUGCUUACUACAACUGCCUUACUACCAUCCAUCGAAUGUCGGUGCAUCACGGCUAUUGGACAUCGCGCUUGUCGAAUUACGCCAUUGCUGGUUUGAAUGCGCGACCACUCAAUCCUCGUGUCUUCAUGUCGGCGGCUUUGUGCGUGAAUGCUGCACGAACGUCUAUCUCGCUUGUCAAGUACAUUCCUAGUCAAGAUCACGCUUGUGUCUGGCUUCUUGUGUACUACCCUGUAUCUGCGCUCGUCACAUUGUUCGCCAACAUUCUGCAAAACCCUCAAGAUGCUAGAGCCCGCUCCGACCUUAAGCUCAUGAACUCGAUGACCGAGUUCCUACAGAUGCUAUGCAAUGAAGACGGCAAUGUCCAUUGUCGUAGGAUGGCUUCGAUUUGUAAAGAGUUCGAACGCAUCGCGAGGGUAGUCCUUGACAAGGCCGAGAGAGACAUCAAAGGCAGAGGCAAGAGAAAGGCCCGAGACAGCGAUUCUGCCGGCCCACCUACACAAUCGGCACCCUCAGAUCGUCGCUCGGCGUCCCAACCGGUUCAGGCACAGCAAACUCCAAACCUGUCUACCUCUACGCUUCCUGCAGGACGCAAAACAACAGCGUCGCCUUCGGUUCGCGCAGAUGGCCAUAUGCAGCACCAGCCGUUCCACCCCUCACCAAUGGGUCAGAUGUCCUUCUCAACCUCAGCGCAGACCUCGCCUUUCCAGGCAACCGCUAUGCCACCGGAACCAUGGAUGCAAACCGUACCUCCAGGGCCUGAAAACAUGUUUGCACAACCCGACAAUCGAUUCCCACCCACCUCUUUUCCUCAAGAAAACUUCGAUAUGCAAGGCUAUGGCGGUGGUCUAGGUCAGAUCGGUGGCGACUUAGGAGGAAGUUUCCAACAACCGUUUGUACCGCAGGAUCUAUGGCAGAUGCCUAUGACUUUGGAGUGGGACUGGGCCGAUUUCUUCGGGACGGGGCCGGGAUUUGAUCUCAACGAUCCUACCCAAGGUGGACCGCAUGGUGGGCAAUAA